ACGCCAACUUUACUUCUCUGCAUGAAAUUCCAACUUUAGUGCCGCGAGUCAAGCGGAACGGCCGGAUGUAUGUGUACUCGAUAAACUAAACAUUCUGUUUGGUUUACGUGUGUUAUUAAAAGAAUAUUAAUCGCAAGUGUAUUAUUUGAUCGCAUAGUAAAAACGUGACUUCGAAAUGUGUCUUCAUAUUGUACGAUUAGACAAUAGUUGAGACAAAGAAGUUGAAGAGAGAUACAAAAGGAAAAUUGCAGUGGUGCACGCGAACUCACGUUUCUUAAACUCGUGUUUUGAUCCCGAUAUAUAUAUAUAUAUAUAUAUACAUAUAUAUAGGUGAAAUUAUGGACUUUUAUACAGAGUAUGUGUGUGCCCGUAAUUUUGGUCCAAUGUUGAUUGUAUUAAAAAAUUAACUAUUAUAUUUAUUGACACUGCGAUUUGCACAGAAAAUCGUGAAAAAUAUGAUGGCUGAUUUCUCAGCCAAACAUUGGCAAGACAAUUUGUGAAACAUAUGGCAGACAAGGAAUUUUUGAAUUACCGUACACCUUGUACGGAUGUUAACGACGAGAUUGAAGGUCUUAAUGAAAGGCUGUUGCAAUUGUUAAGUGCACAAAAAGUCUCAUCGUCAGAUGCAGCAGCUAAUAAAAACCAAUCAUUGUGUAAUAGUAGAUUAGGAAAUAAUAGUGGUUCUAAAAUAGAAUUAGAGGCAUCUGCUUCUCCAUUGUUCAGUCAUUGUAGAUAUGACUGUUCUUUUAUGCAUCAUGACAGCCCAGUUAAUAUGCCAACUGCACCAAAUUAUCUUCCACCUAUCGGUGUAUUCUGGGACAUUGAGAAUUGUCAAGUUCCUAAGGGUAGAUCCGCCAUAGCAGUUACGCAAGUAAUUAGGGAUACAUUUUUUAGUGGCUAUAGGGAAGCAGAAUUUAUUGUAGUUUGUGACGUUCAAAAAGAAAACAACCAAAUCAUACAGGAAUUGAAUGACGCUCAAGUUAAUUUAAUACACGUAGCUGCUACAUGCAAGAAUGCUGCUGACGAGAAACUUAAGCAAUCUAUCAGAAGAUUUGCUGACAUUCAUGGUAGCCCAGCAGCUAUAAUCUUAAUAUCCGGCGAUAUUAAUUUUGCCGCUGAUCUCAGUGAUUUACGUCAUAGAAAAAGGAUUCAUGUGAUACUGCUACAUAAGAAAAAUACCUCAGAAGCAUUAAUAUUGUGUGCUAACGAACACUAUGACUUUAUGGAGCUCAUGGAACCACUGCCGUCCAGAACUCCAGCAAAGGGUGUUGAGUCCUAUGACCUUCUAGUUAGUAACCUUCCUGAUGAAAAGGAUGUUGUAGUCAUUAAACGUCGUCUUAAGCAAUUAUCUGAUAACUGUGGUGGUCGUGUGGUGGAUGUUCAGUCCAAUACAGCCAUUGUACGCUUUACAUCGCAGAGUUCUGCAGACAGGGCUCAGAAACGUAUGGACGGAGAAUAUGUUCUUUCGUCGAAAAUAUCUGUAAGACAUUAUAAAGAAAAAGGAAAUACAAUCAAAAACCAAGGAAGUAUUAUAACGCGUAGUCGUGCAGUUAGUGAAUCUGAAAUUGUUGCUAACUCCUCUAAGCAAAUGUACGGUGGUGCAGGCACCUCCGUAUCAGGGACAAGAACCCUGCAGUUUCCACAUUAUCAAUCGUCGUCGCCUGUAGUGGGUGCUUAUCCUACUUUCAACACUCAUUGUGCAUCUGUCAAUACCACAUCAGGGGUGGUACAGCAACCUCCAAUAUUUUAUGGGAGAUCAUACCCAAAUAAUAAUGAUAUAGUUUUUAAUAGAACAUACAGUGAUCUUGGUAGAGUGCAGUCGCCAUUAAUUUGGCAAGUUCCAGGACCUCAAUCAUAUGGCCAGCUGUGGGAAGAACAAUACAAAAUGGAGAAGCAGAAGUUAGGGAAGCGAGUUCACGUCUCGCAAGUUCGAGACAAUAAUAUUUCUAGUACUGCUCUUUCUCGUACUCCCGAAGGCCUUAGACGCAUCAGAGGCACGCACAGUUCGUUCGUUCAUACUUCCGAAUGGAUUGGAGGACGACAGUUAGCUGUUCCGCCUAAUUAUAACGCCAGUGCAGGACAAGCGAAUCUUUUUAAACGGCGUAGUCCAUCCCCACUAUAUGACGCACAACUUAGAGAGAAAAAUGUAUGGAAUGGCCAGAAUCAACAAAUUUCUACGCGUAAUAGAACGCCAUCACCUUACGAAAGCAAUGUAUUACAAGGAACGGGACAACACAAUCAGACCUCACGUUCACACCUGAGCGAUGCAGAAAAUGAGGAAGUGGAGAAAUUGUUCAACCCUAUAAACAAUCGUACCACACUCGGCACAAAUAACGGCGCUAAUACAACUAUUGAACUACAAGUAACGAAUUUGGAUCAGAACAUUGAUACGAAAGACUUAAAACGGAUCCUUUCGUCUGUGUUUGCAGAACAUGUAACAGUAUUACAUAUUUCCGUAUUUAUGCAGUCAGACGGUAACUUCGCGGCUAGCGUCAGAGUACCUUCGUUGUCAGAUGCACAAUAUGCAAUUUCGCAGUUGCAUCGCCGUAAAAUAGGCUACAAGCGCAUUUUGAUAUCGUACGCUCACACCGGUGGCCCGAAUCCGCAGCUUAUUCGUGCGCAAAUCGUGAUGCUCCUACAAGAGGUCCCGGGACACAAGCUCCCGCUGUUCAAAUUCCGCGAGAUGUACGAGAGCCGGUUCAUGAUUUCCAUAAGCGUGUCCGAAUUAUACAAAAUGAAAGAUGUGUGCCUAAUUACGGAAGAUACAAGUGGCAGAAUGGUUUCGCUCAACCCGGAUCAUAGGAACACACCGUCGCCAUGUAACACGACCCAGGAAGGACAAGUUAAGUUGCCAUAUUGUACGAUUCAUACCAUGAAGCCGUUAACAUCUGACAAAGGUUGGGCGGAACAAGAAAUGGCAUCUUUGCCUAAUGUAAAAAUUUCUUUGAAAGUUCUCGAGGCUCGUAUGCAACAAUUAUUAGCAUCGCACAAUGGUAUCCUACCUUUGCCAAGCCUACCGAAUUGUUACGAGGCUGAGUUUAAGGAGCCGUUAGAGAUUAUAGAGAGUGGUGUACCUUUGGAACACUUGGUAUCGUGCUUAUUGUCAGUGGAAUUGAGACAGGAUAUCGGGAGCGUAAAAUAUAUCGUAUGGAUAGGAAAUAAAAACGCUGAAAGUAAUCACGAAGAAACCAAAUGCGUGAGUCCAUCGCUCGCAAAUCAGUUGGCCCUUUUCAGCCGUGAAUUGGUCGACCUUUUGAAAACCGCCCCACACUGUCAAUUACCCUUUAAUCGAUUUAUACCGGCGUAUCAUCAUCACUUCGGGCGGCAAUGUAGAGUCGCUGAUUACGGAUUCACUAAACUAAUUGAUCUGCUGGAAGCACUUACACACACAGUUCAAGUAAUGGGUGAGGGUAAUAAGCGCGUGGUUACUCUGUCACAUCGUGCGCAAGUGCGACGUUUCACGUCAGAUUUACUGCGAGUAUUGAAGUCGAAAGCGAGCAAGCAAGUAGCACUCUCGGAAUUUCCAACUGUUUAUAGCAGAGUAAUAGCAAAACCAUGGGAUAUUGUAGAUUAUGGAGUAUGUGAUAUCGAUGAUAUUCUUGGAGAGGUGUCGGAAAACACAGUUGUUGUAACGUCUAUCAACAGCGGCGAUAGAAUGAUAGCCAUCCCCAAACGCGAACAGACCGCAGAAGAAGUGGAACGCACCAAAUUGUUUGCCAAAGAAGUUGUCGAAUUGCUGCAACACGCGCCCCAGUGUAGAAUGCUGUUCAACAAAUUCGUACCCUCCUAUCAUCACCACUUUGGUCACCAGUGUCGUGUGUCCGAUUAUGGAUUCACCAAAUUGAUCGAGUUGUUCGAGGCGAUCCCGGAUAUCGUGAAGAUCGAGGAAGUGAACGGAGGCGAGCGGCAGAUAUCCUUAACCGAAAAGGAGGGCCUCAAAGUUCUAGCCGAACAAAUAUCAAAGAUAGUGAUGCGCGCCAGAAGUGGUCUCAGCAUUUCGAGCAUCGCGCAAAUGUUCUCGCAUCAGUUCGGCUACUCCCUGCGCCCGGAAUUAUUCGGCUGCAGUUCGAUGUUACAACUUAUGCAGAAACUUGGAGAUACCAUUAAGAUAAUAGAUUUAGCCACGGGACCCGCUAUCAUUACAAUAGAUAAAUCGCAUUUACAACAGACGAUCCUUCAGUGCCGGCGUAUAUUGAUGGAUCAUCCCCAAUAUAAAAUGCCUAUCAGAGAAUUUGCACGGCAUUAUUCCCAAUGUUAUUUGAAGCAGUGUAAUUUGGAUGAACUUAAGAAGGAUCUUAUUAAUGUUGUCCGAUUUAUAAUGGUAAACGGUGAACAGUUUAUCGAAUUGACACCGUUACAUCGCUUUGCCUGCAACGUUUGCCGUGUGAUGAUCAAUUGCGGCGGUACAUUGAACCUAUCCCAGUUUGACGUGGCAUACUCAACGAUCGUAGGCUCACCUUGUAAACCUACGCAGUAUGGUUUCCCGACGUUGACCGCAUUGUUACAAGCGUUACCGUGUACCGUAGUGAUAAAGGACACACGCAAGAAGAGGGGGGUAAUUUAUUUAAAUAAAAAAUUAAUUGCCGCGGCUGAUAUAUUGUUGCCGUCGUACAAGCCAAUUUUGUCUUACCACGAUACGGAUUCCAGUAACGACUCGUUCGAGAGCGACUCCUCUUACCACGUCAAUAUCUCCAGUGCGUCGAGCAUGAUGGAUGAUCCCGAGAAAUGGUUCGAUCAUGUAACAGGUAUUAAUUCGCGAAAAGCUAAAGAGGAGAGAACCUUCUGGUCCAAGGACUGUGAUAAGCAUUGGAAAAACUUGCAAGGUAUAGAAGAUCACUCGAUCAAUUGGCCAAUAUCGGAGAGCGGCGGUGACAGCCUUAUGAAGAGCUUGAUACGCACACCGAUUAUGCGACAUAAUUUCCCGCCGCCGCCACCUAAGCCCGAUUCUCCUCCCGAGGAUACCGUAUCUAAAGGAGAUUGGAAAUGUUCACUGUGGAUGUCCCCGGGCAAAUUUACAUAUCCGCAGGAUGAACAUUCCACGAAUGUGCAGGUUCCGCCAUUAACUCUGCCAAGCUGGAAUCCAAUUACGUCCAACGAUGAUGCAUCGGACUUGCUGUCGCCGACCAAAAAUCUAUUGCCCGCUGCCGCGAAUCCCUUAUAUCCGCAUACUUCUCCUUACUACGCUAAGUGUAACACGGUCGUCGCACCGCACCCAUCCGAACUGCCACUUCCCUCUUUGUCUUUGACACCCAAGAAGAUAUCGGCGGAUGAUCAGAGGAAAAACGCCAGGAUGUAUCUCGUUCACGCGAAUUCCGAUAGCGACAACAAUACCGUCGAUGACGACGAGAACAGCGAUACUCACAGCACCUCUGGCAAGCCUUUAGUGAAAGGGAAGAGACGUCUGGCGGCCCAGUUCAAUCAGCCGAUCGAGUCAUAAACAAAGAGUACAUAUACAUAUACACAGAGAGAGGAAGGGAGAAAAAAGGAAAGAGAAGUGGGGGGGAGGGGGGAUUAAAGCGAUACCGUGAUAAUCGGAGAACCUAUCAAGCCAACGUUUCGAUAAAUCACAUACACACACAGACACACACACACACACACACACACACACAUACAUUUAGGUUAAAAUUAUACCUAUAUACUGUUCCACGAAUGGUAGGUACCACACUUCAUUUAUACUCCAAAUUUACAAUAAAUUUGUGUAUAGAUUAAAUGUGUAUGCAAACCGACAAAGGAUAAGUGAAUAAGUUAACAAGUUAUUUUCAAAGUGUAUGAAAAUAUACAGAGAGCCAAGUCAGGACCAUAACAUAACAUGUAGCGUUUAUAGUGAGUGACAUGUGCUGACGGUAUUGCAUAUAGAAACGUGUAAAGCAUUUUUCGUACUGUGAUAUAGGGUAUAAAAACAAGCGAGAUGAUAGUAAUAGUACAUCAGGAAGGAAAUUUGGAUUGGCAAUAAUUUAUCUUUAGGCAAAUCAUAUACACAUAGAAACACGUGGCCCAAUGUAUUUAAUUGAUUUUGAAUUAUAUAAUUAUAUAAUUAUAUCUCUAUAGAACGAAAUUAUAUAAUUAUAUUUAACUCUUGUUAUGUAUCCCACUUAACACUGUCUUAUUUUAUAUUAUCUUUUAAAUUCUUAUUUCUAUUUGUAUUGGUAUUUUACAAUCAAUUUAUAUUUGAUUGUUUUAACUAUUCGUAUUAACAAUACAUAUCAUGGCAUAAUUUGUACCUGUUUUUAAUUUGAUAAUUGUUAUCGCAUAAAGCUAAAAAAAGUCAAACUAGAUUCUAUAUUUGUCAUAUAUAUAUAUAUAAUACAUCAACGUAUUCUUAUGGAUAAAUUAUUGGACCACUUCUUUCGAUUUGCCUAUAUACUGUCAGAAGAAAAGAGAGAAACUGAAUGAGAGAAAGAUAAACAAAAGUUGCAUUUAUAUGACAUAUUUUAUGUCUAAAACGAAUUAUCAUGCAUAAUUGUUGCCAACGAAAUGAACUGGAAUUCAUUUGUCUACCAAUCCAUCUUUACAGUCGCAUCUUUACAAUACAUCUAUACAGCUAUUCAUUUUGUGUCCGUUUUUACUAACGUAGAUUAAACUUCAACCUGAGUUUAAGUGUUUCUGAAGAAAGUUUAAAUUCACAGUUAAGUUUUGAUCGAUAUCGAUAGGAAUGGACAUUAAUUGUUUUAUGAAUUUCCCAUCGAUACAUUUUUUUACGGCACAAUGUAUAAUUUUAUUUUGCAAGUAUCUUAUGAAAACAAAUAUGUUAUGAGUCUGAUGAAAUGUAAAAUUAGAAUAUGAUAUUAUUAUAUUAUGAAAUACAAUGAUAUUAAGUUGUCAUGUAGAUAGAAAGAAACGUAAAAAAAGACAUAAUUUUAUCGUUAAAAAAAAUUUCAAUGUUUAUAAAUUAGUACUAUUAUUUAGUAUAGCAUAAGAAUAGUUAAAGAAUAAUGUAAUGGUGCGACACGCGAAAUAAUUUUAACAAAGGUCAUUGCAAAACAAAUUUGUCGAAUACUGCUAAAUAUUAUAAUAAGUAUCACACAUAAUUUUAUUCUAAAGGAGACAAAACAAGUUUAAAGUUUGCACCAAAUAUUUCUGUAUCAGCAGACAUCGCGUAACUGCUUUUUUUUCUUUGUUCUUUUUUAUUUGAGAAGUAUCGCUGUAACUGCAUGAUACAGAAUCUUUUAUGAUAUUUUGUUAAUACAUUGAAUGGAAAGGAUUCGUUAUUCUCUGAAUUGUAAUGAUCUCAUUUUUAAUUUUAUACUUCAUGUUCAUCAUUGGUGUGACAUGAAUGCGUAAUAAUUUUGCAACAUGGAAUAAUUUAUUGUUACUAUUAUCACUUUUAGGAUUAUCACUAAAAGUCAUUGUGAGUUUUAUGAGAUAUAAUAAUUAUCAAUUUAUCAUUAGAAAAUUAAGUAUAAUUAGCAAUUUAUGAUAAUUUGAAAUACGUAACGUUUACAUGGAUUACACCGGAUUAUGAACUUGCCGGAUGACGGAAAUACGCAAAACAUUUAGUGACACUCAGGAAUCAAUGUUAUGUGGUUAAAAAGAUUAUUUCGCGAUACUUUUUUUAAUAUUUUAUUUAUUUAUUCCUACUGAAUGAAGUCAUUUUGUUAUAUGUUAUUUACCCAUGUGUAAGGAGAUCAAUUCUAUCGUAUUUUAUAUCACUGUGGAAGAUUUUGUACGUGUCUUACAGAGGAACUUUUUAAUUCGUUUAUUCGUGCGAGUAUCUUAUGUCGUGUUAACUGUACCACCGUGUAUCACUGUGUAAGAUAUUUCGUGCAAGUAGCCGUCUGCAUUAUAAAUACUAUUAUAUAAUGAAUAUUUUAUAUGUAUCCAAUUUACUUUGGCCAUUCUAAACAAUGGAUGAGUAAUUUAGCUAACAUAAAAUACAAUAUUGAGAUAGAGAAAACUGUAAAUGCAAUCAAUUUGUACAAUUUUAUCAUAAUAACAAAGAAAAGAAAUAUUGUAACAUAAAUCAUGGUGGAAUCUUCUAAACGAGUGUUUCUUAAAUUAAUUUGGUAUACAUGUACAAUAAGCAUAAUGUUUUUACAAAUUGUACAAUGAAAUAAGGAAUAAAAAGAAUUAGCUCAUUCAA